AUUCAUUAAUUCAUUCCUGGUUCAUAAAGGAUAGAAAAAGCAACACAAUUUUGCACAGCAUUCGUUUGUACUCAUUUACAUAUUUCUACUUUCAACUUUUUAAUAAUUUUCACGGAUCUUGCUAAUUUUACGUGUUCUUAAUUCCCUUCCGUAAUUUGGUGAAAGUUAUACCAAAUUCGUAAAGCAGCAAAAUCAAGUUUGCCAAGAUGACCAACAAAUUUUCCGCCGUGUCCUUGCUAAUUUUAGUUUUGGCAAGUAGUGUGCAAAACGAGGUUCCUUACAGACGCCACUUUUUGCUGAAACAUUUAUCCAGCGGAAAAUGUCUCGUGGGUCAUCGUGGCGACACCUUCAUGGAUUUUUGCGACCCUUCCGACAAGAUUCAGGAGUGGAUAACGCUCGGCCCCCAGUGGGGCGGAAGCAUUAGGCCGUUCAUCACCCCAGAAAUGUGUCUCGCCUCACCCCCCGAGGGAAAAGGAUUUUACACCCAUUUGCAAAAUUGUUCCCUACAGUGUGCAAGCAUAAGAUGGACCAUCACGUUGGACCCUCGCCCCUCGCCGCGCCCCAGUCUGGGGAAGGUCAUGGUGUGGAACAACGACGUGGAGCGGUGCCUCCAACCCAGCGGCGGGGCUGGCGACAAGGUCAAGACGGGCCCCUGUCCAAAGCACGACGGCUGGAUCAAGAUCGACCGUGCAACGAGUGACAGCUUCUUCUGGGAAAUGGCCCUCAUUAAAGCAAUUCAUUAAUUUUAAGGGUUACAUUAAAAACUAGGCGUAAAAUAAAUAAUUUGUUGUGUAAUUGAAU